UCUACAGUGUACAAAAUUAUCGCUAAGAUCAUAGUCGCACGACUCAAAACUUACUUGCCCAAUAUUAUUUCUCUAAACCAGUCUGUUUUUAUAGGUAAAAGACAGGGUAUUGACAAUGUUGUGCUUGCGUAUGAAUUCAUCCACCUUCUAAAAAAUAAAAGACAAGGAAAGCUAAAGUAUAUGGCUAUAAAAUUAGACAUGGCCAAAGCUUAUGACCGAGUGGAAUGGAAUUAUGUGCAUAAUUUACUUCUUAAAAUGGGAUUUCAUGAAACCUUCGUUAGAUGGAUCAUGCAAUGUAUUACCACCACUACUUAUAAAUUUAACAUCAAUGGGAAUAUAGCUGGGGAAGUUGGGCCUAUUAGGGGUCUAAGGCAAGGCGAUCCUCUUUCUCCAUACCUCUUUUUACUAUGUGCUGAAGGCCUUUCUAGACUUCUAAAUCAAGCGGAAUCAAGAGGAGAUAUUCAGGGGUUAAGUCUAGUUAGAGGGGGACAUACCAUUAAUCAUUUAUUUUUUGCGGAUGAUUCUUUUGUUUUAUGUAAUGCAACCCUUCAAAAUGCGUCGAAAAUUUCUGAAAUUUUAAGCAUUUAUGAAGAAUGUUCCGGUCAAAAAGUUAACUUUGAAAAAUCAGCAGUCUUCUUUAGUAAAAUUACUUCUGAGGUAGAGAUGGAUGAGGUUAAUAGGGUGUUAGGACAACUUAGUAAAAAUGAUUUAGGAAUAUAUCUUGGUUUACCUGCGGUAGUUGAAAAAUCAAAGAAAAAAAUGCUAGAGCUCAUAAAAGAUAGGGUGAAGGCGAAGAUAAAAGAGUGGAAAAAUAAUUUUUUAAGUCCUGCGGGAAAAUAAGUGAUGCUCAAAUCGGUUUUAUCUGCUAUUCCUUCGUAUGCCUUAUCCUAUUUUCAAUUCCCGGAGACUUUAUGUAAGGAAAUUACAACUAUUUUCUCAAAUUUCUGGUGGGGACAUGAUGAUAAUAGGAGAAAAAUGCACUUUGAGAAAUGGAAAAAUCUUUGUUUAGCAAAAUCCAAAGGGGGCAUAGGAUUUAGAGAGUUAACUUCUUUUAAUCAAGCGUUGUUAGCUUAAUUAACCUGGAGGAUUUUGACCCAUGAAGAGUCUCUUCUAGCUAGAAUUCUUAAAAGUAAAUAUUUUUAAAAUACCUCUUUCCUCAAGGCCACUUACUCGUCUUCUAGUUCUUGGAUAUGGAAAAGUAUUAUAUGGGGAGGAGACCUCCUACAAAAAGGGAUUAGAUGGAGAAUAGGUUCGGGGGAGCAUAUUAACGUGUGGAUGGACCCUUGGAUACCAAACUCUAGUGGUUUUAAACCUAGAUUUUAUCUGGGUCAGGUAAAUAUGAAUCUGAAAGUUAAGGAUCUUAUAGACCAUAAUACACAUACUUGGAAAAUGCAAGAGCUCCAACUCUUGUUUUGACCAACCGAUGUACAAGCUAUAAUCUCUAUCCCCAUCUCUACUACUGGAAUAACGGAUAGGAUCAUGUGGCAUCAUACUAAAUUGGGUAAUUAUGAGGUAAAAUCGGGUUAUCAUUUAAAUUGAGAUAUGGUUAGAUGCCAACAAGCUAGUUCGGAAAGACCUCAAUCUAGCUAUUAUUCCUUUCCAAAAAGUUGUUACAAUUUUCUAUGGUCUAUGAAUAUUAAAAAUAAAUAUAAACAUUUUAUUCGAAAAUGCAUUAUAAAUGUGAUUCCUGUUAACCAUAUUGUUUCAAAAAGGUUAAAACAUAAUUGUGAUGUCUGUAAAAGAUGUGGUUUGGAAAGUUAAACAGUUGAGCAUAUGUUGUUUAGAUGUCAUAAAGCCCAACUAGUUUGGAAAAUAUGUCUGAUAAAUUGGCCUGAUGUAGAGAACACUAUGAAUUUUGCUAGCUGGUGGAACGAUAAGGUUCAUAAUGCUAAUCGAUAUCCUUAUUCUAUUGAGCUAACUAAGUUAAGUGUCACCAUUAUGUGGCAAAUCUGGAAAGCUAGAAACGCCUUAGUAUUCAAUGGAGAAAACUAUGAUCCUAAUGAAAUAGUAAGCAAAGCACUUUUUGACUACCAUGAAUAUAAAGAUAACUUGCUUACUAAUCUUUCUACUCCAUGGAUAACUGAAUGUCCUAAUGAUAAGAAUAUUACUAUUGUACAAGAUGGUGUUAUCAUAUUUGCAGAUGCUAGUUUACAUAAGGAGAGGAAGAUGGCAAGCAUUGGAGUGGCAACGAUGGAUAGCUGCGGUAAGCUGCUUCAAGACUUUGGCGCCCCAAUUCAAUUUGUUGGGAAGGUCAUCACUGCUGAAGCGUUGGCGAUUCGUGAAGCGUUGGGAAAAGCUAUGGAAAAUGGAUGGACGAGAGUUCAAGUAUUAUCGGAUGCAAAGAACGUGGUGAAUAUGAUAUAAAAAAGAAGUGUUGCAUCUUGGGAGAUAAAAUUAUGUAUAAAAUUAUUUCAAAUAUAUUAUAUUUAAAUAAAUUGAUUA